CCCAUCAACACCUCUCUCUCUCUCCACAUCCCGUUCUCCCUUUCGGUCUGAUCAAAAUGGCCCAUUGCGAGCGGGCGUCCAAGCCCCUGCUGCAAUGUCUUCAAAAGGCCUCUACUAGGGGUCUUCCCGCCCUUCAAUUGUCCUCGACGCGGACCUUCCAAACAUCCGCCCGAGUCCAAGAGGAAGCGCAAUCUGAGGUCCAGAAACAGCCGUUCAACAAGUCGCCGGAUCCCGCCCUGGUCUCGAGUCCCCGGUUAGAAAGACGAUUGAUCCGGCAGGGAAUUUCUCCGGUCGGAUCCCGUCGACGUCGCGCGGCCCUGCAGGGCUCGGCCAACAUCCCCUUCGCGCAAUUGCCGUAUCAAUGUUUCCAGGAGGCCCGCAAGGUGCUGUCGCAGGAUCGCGAAGAGAAGCUGGAGGAGAUCACACGGUUGCGGGAGAAGAUUGCGCGACUGGAGGUCCGGCCGGUCGAGGAGGCUGGAGGCGAGCAGGUGAAGAAGUCCCGGCUGGGCGGGAUGCAGAAGCAUCUGGAGCACCUCAAGGUUCUCGCGGACAUCAAUGACCCGCAGGUGAAGAAGAAGUUUGAAGAUGGACAAGGCGACAUGAGCAAGCCCAUCUACCGCUACUUGGCCGACCAGAAAUGGCGCGAAUACCGACGCAAGAUCCUCGUGCAAAGAAUCACCCAGAUGAAGGUGGUCCCCGACGUCCUCCCCCAUUGUGAUCCUACCGUCGACACUAAGCUCUACUUCAACCGGAGUGCGGUGCAGCCGGGCGAUUUCGUCCAGGCGAACGCGAGUACCACGGCGCCCAAGCUGGACAUCCAGCUCUUCGAGGGCGGCGAGAAGCUCGUCACCAUCGCCAUCGUCGAUCCCGACGUCCCGAACCUCGAGACGGACGGGUUUGACUUCCGGACACACUAUCUGGCCGUCAACGUGCCCAUCUCGGUCACCUCGACCAAGGUCGACCUGGCCCAACUCUCGGCGGAGUCGCAGAUGGUCCUGCCGUGGGAGGCGCCCGUCACACAAAAGGGCAGCCCCUACCACCGACUGUCGCUCUUCAUCCUGGAGCAGAAGGACUCCCAGCCGCUGGACUUUGCGGCCGUCAAGGCCAAGGAGUCGGUGCGCGACAACCAGCUGCUGCGCACGCUGCAGGGCCGCUACCACCUCAAGGCGAUCGGGGCGCACCUGUUCCGAUCCCAGUGGGACGAGACCACGUUGGAGGUGAUGGAGAAGAUCGGGUUCCCGCUGGCGGACGUGGAACUGCGCCGCAAGAAGAUCGAUCCUCUUCCGUACAAGCGGAGGAACCCGUCGACCUUCCGGUAAAUG